AGUCGUUUUGGGUCAAGACUCAGGCCGCCCCUCCGCGGGGAGGUGCAUGCGGCCUGUGCCCGAACCCUUGCGCCGCGCCAGCGGCGCGAGCCUGAUGUUAGGGGGUGCGCCCCAGCGGGGCUCGCAGACGCCUGCGGGUGGCUACGCCGGCGGCCGCGACAGCAGCAGCAGCAGCAGCAGCAGCAGAAGCGGCAUGGCAGUGCUCUCCAACGGCGUUUUCUGCGGCAGCAAUGUGCGCCUGGGCGGGGGCCUCGCGGUCGUCGUGCCCAAGAGGACCUCCACGGGCAACUUUGCCUUCUGCGUGCGGCAUGGUCACCUCCUCCAGAUCGACGUCUCGGGGAUCACAGACCUGAUGGGCGCGGACAAUCACCCGAACACUGAGUUCGAGGCCCAGGGAGUCGAGGGCGGCCAGGUGCAGCUGCGCGGACUCGCGUCGGGGCGGUGGCUCGCCAUCGGUGACGGCGGCGGCUUCGCUAGCUCGGGCACGCCAGUGGCGCUGGACGUGACCCUCGACGGUGGCAGCGAGGUCGGCGCCGUGCUUCACGAGCAGAAUGGCCGACACAGGGCGGCCCCAGCGCCGAGCGGCGCCAGCUCGCGGGACGGCGGCGGGCAGCGGCGGCCCUGGGCCGCGGCGGCGCCACGCGGCAGCUGGCAGCCGGCCUCUGGCGGGGCGGCUUGGGCUGGUUGGGGCGGCGAGAGGUGGCGGGGCGCGGGCGCGGAUGACGCAGGGGCGGCUGCCGAGAGCAGCUCAGACCGCGGCUGCGCCAGCGCCGCCGCCGCUUGGCAGGCGGGCCCCGGCGGCCCUGCGUGGCAAGCGGGCGGGGGCUCCUGGGACGGGUGGGCCUGGCGUCGGGGCGACAGCGCCUGGGGCGAGCAGCCGCAGGGCGCUGGCGGCCCCUCGUGGGAAAGCGGCGGAGCCUCCUGGGGUGGCUCCUGGGACGAUGGGGGCGCCUGGCCCCAGAGUGGCGGCGACGGCUCCUGGGCGGCGUCCCCUGCGACGACGGGCGGCGGCCCGUGGGACCACGGGGGCGCUUGGCCUCGGGGCGGCGGCUGGGGCGACUGGCCCGAGACCUGGGGCUACCAGGUCCCGUGUGUCACAGCUCACGAUGACGUUGACUGCCAGCGCAGGCUGCCGCCGCCAGCGCAGGCGGACAUGAACGUGGACUGCCGGCGCAGGCUGCCGCCACCAGAUCCGGCAGCCGUGAGACUCGCCGGGGAGGCCGCGGGUGUCAUCGACGUCGCGACGGUCCAGAUGGUCACCACCAGCGAUUUCAUGGCCCAGGUCAUGAAGCCCGGGGGUCUGCACGCCAUGCUGGCGGCGCGUGUGAGCCCUUGGCACCUGUUCAAGAGGCUGCGGGCCGAGGAGGGGCCGGCAGCCAGCCAGCGGCCUGCGGCUGCCUGCACCGCGGCCAGCUGCGAGCCGCCGCUGCCUCCCCCGCCGCCUCCUCCCGACGGACCCCCGCCGGGCGCAGCCGUCGACGAGUGCCCCGACGGCGCAUGCAAGGAUGAACAGGACGAAUGCUGACGGCUUGGCGCUUUUGACUGCAGGUCCAGCUCCCGCGGCGCCUUCCCCCCCCUGUGUUGCCACCGCUUUCAGAGCGAGGCGCAGGAAAACCAGGACGAGGAUAUCUUUCUGCGGAUUGGCCGAAUAAUUGACGGGCCGACCGCCUGUCCACAGGGGUUGUCCGUAUGCCCAGCAUGGACCAAAAUCGCAGAGCUG